AGAGCCACCAUGGCGCACGGCGGGCCACGCGUGUCCGCCGCCGCCGCUCCGCGCGGGGCUACCCGCUGGCCGCUGUUCCUGCUGCUGCUGCUGCCGCCGCUGCUGGGCGCCGCCGCCGCUCUGCGCUGCGCGGAGCCCUGCGGCCGCCCGCGCCCCGGAGCCCUGACCCGCGGGGCGCGCAGCCCGCCGGAGCCGCGACGCGGCGGCGGGGCGGCUGCGGGGGGCAGCCGCGCCAGGAGAGCAUCCUCAGCGGCGGGCCGGGAGCAGGUCUCCCUCAUCAGCACCUCCUUCGUUCUGAAAGGGGACGCGUCUCACAACCAGGCGAUGGUGCACUGGACGGGCGAGAACAGCAGCGUGAUCCUGAUCCUUACCAAGUACUAUCAUACUGACAUGGGGAAAGUGCUGGAGAGCAGUUUGUGGAGAUCCUCAGAUUUUGGGACGUUAUACACGAAGUUGAAUCUACAGCCUGGGAUUGCCACUGUUAUUGACAACUUCUACAUUUGUCCCACCAACAAAAAAAAGAUAAUUCUUGUAAGCUCAUCCCAUAAUGACCGUGACCAAAGCCUUUUCAUAAGCACGGAUGAAGGAGCAACAUUCCAGAAACAACCCAUCACUUUCUUUGUGGAAACUCUCCUUUUUCAUCCAAAAGAAGAAGAUAAAGUACUUGCUUACACCAAGGAAGGCAAGGUUUAUGUAUCCAUGGACUUGGGGAAAAAAUGGAUCCUUCUGCAGGAACGAGUUUCAAAAGAUCAUAUAUUUUGGGCUGUUGCUGGAGUUGAUGGAGACCCUGAUUUAGUUCAUAUGGAAAUCCAGGACCCCAGUGGAGGUUAUCGCUACAUCACUUGCCAGAUUCAAAAUUGCUCUGAUAAGACAAUGACAGUCCAGUUUGCUGGUGGCACUGAUCGGGAUUCCCUGACUGUGCAGGAUGACUACAUAUUUCUUCAGACAACAUCAGCAAAUCGGACCAAGUAUUACGUGUCUUACCGUCGAAAUGGCUUUGUACAGAUGAAGUUGCCAAAAUAUGCAUUACCAAAAGAUUUACAGAUAAUCAGUACAGAUGAAAACCAGGUGUUUGUAGCUGUCCAGGAGUGGUACCAGACAGACACGUACAACCUGUACCAGUCUGACCCACAAGGUGUUUACUACUCUAUCCUGCUGGAGAAUGUCCGGAGCACGAAGCAGCCAGAAGAGAACGUCCUGAUAGAUAUUCUGGAGGUCAGAGGUGUAAAAGGAGUCUUUUUGGCCAACCAGAAAAUUGAUGGGAAAGUUACAACUCUGAUAACCUACAACAAAGGCCGUGACUGGGAUUUUCUAAACCCUCCAGACAUUGAUAUGAAUGGUAAACCGACAAACUGCAAACCUCCUGAUUGCUACCUUCACCUUCAUCUCCGCUGGGCAGAUAAUCCCUAUGUGUCAGGAACAGUCCACACGAAGGACACUGCACCAGGGCUCAUAAUGGGGGCAGGUAACCUGGGGUCCCAGCUGGUCGAGUACAAAGAAGAGAUGUACAUAACGUCUGAUUGUGGGAACACAUGGCGUCAGGUCUUUGAAGAAGAGCACCACAUCUUAUACCUGGACCAUGGUGGAGUUAUUGUGGCCAUCAAAGACACCUCUAUCCCUCUGAAAAUACUCAAGUUCAGCGUAGAUGAAGGCCAGACUUGGAGUACACAUAAUUUUACUAGCACUUCAGUCUUUGUGGAUGGAUUACUUAGUGAACCUGGAGAUGAGACAUUGGUCAUGACAGUCUUUGGACAUAUUAGCUACCGUUCAGACUGGGAACUGGUGAAAGUGGACUUCAGACCAUCUUUCCCCAGGGAGUGCACUGAUGAUGACUAUGAGUCUUGGGAGCUCACAAAUCAACAGGGUGAUCGUUGCAUCAUGGGCCAGCAGAGGAGCUUUCGAAAGAGGAAGAUUUCAUCGUGGUGCAUUAAAGGGAGAAGUUUCACAUCAGCUCUCACAUCCAAAGUGUGUGAAUGUGUGAACUCUGAUUUCUUAUGUGAUUAUGGUUUUGAGCGCUCUGCACUUCUGAUGUCGGAGUCUAGCAAAUGCUUUGCUGACUUUUGGUUUAACCCAGAAGCACCUCCUGAAGACUGCAUGCUGGGGCAAGCAUACACCAGCAGCACUGGGUAUAGAAAAGUUGUUUCUAAUGUGUGUGAAGGUGGUGUAGACCUGCAGCAGAACUUAGCACAGCGUAUGUGUCCACUGAUUGCUCCCAAGGGACUUCACAUCAACAUCAGGGAAGAAAGCCUGGCUGUUAGACCUGGGGAAGACAUCACUUUCAUCGUCAGACAAGAGCAGGGUGAUAUAUUGAAUACCAAAUACCAGGUAGAUCUUGGAGAUGGCUUUAAGGCGAUAUAUGUGAACCUUACAAUGACUGGAGAACCCAUCCGUCACCACUAUGAGAAUCCUGGGAUUUACCGUGUCUCGGUGAAGGCUGAGAAUGUGGCUGGCCAUGAUGAGGCUGUGGUAUUCGUCCAAGUCAACUCUCCACUGCAAGCUUUAAAUUUAGAAGUGGUUCCAGUCGUUGGGAGAAACCAGGAGGUGAACCUGACAGCCAUCAUACUGCCUAAGAAUCCUAAUUUGACAGUCUUCUACUGGUGGAUAGGAAACAAUCUUCAGCCACUCCUUACACUGGAGAGUUUUCUGGUGAUGAAGUUUGCUGAGACAGGUGACAUCAGAGUUACAGUGCAAGCUUCCUGUGGGAGCUCCAUGCUUCAGGACUCAAAAGUUGUCCACGUUUUUGAUCAUUUUCAUGUUCUUCCUCUGAAGUUUACUAAGCACCUGGACAUGUACAACCCUGACAUACCAGAGUGGAGGGAAGACAUAGGGCGGGUAGUAACACGACUUCUUGCAAAGGAAACCAAUAUACCCAAAGAAACACUCAUGACAGUUGUGAAACCUGGUCUACCCACAACAGCUGACUUACAUGUGCUACUACCAGCAAACCAACCAAAAAGGAAGCGAAGUGUAACUAGUGAUAAGAGAAUAGCAGCUAUAAAGCAGGCCUUGAAUGCACACAACAUCAGUUUCUUUCUGAGAGGAGGAUACUGGGUCUUAGUGACUUUAGCUGACUCCGAUUCAGACUCUCAGAGGAUUGGAGGAGGCAGUGGCUACUGGGCUAUAGUGUUUCUCUUUGUUAUCUCUCUAGUCGCGGUUGGGGCUUUCAUCCUCUACAAGUUCAAAAGGAAACUGCCAGGCAGAAAUGUCUAUGCCCAGAUGCACAACGAAAAAGAGCAGGAAAUGACAAGCCCUGUUAAUCACAGUGAGGACACCCAGAACAUCAUCCAGGGUGAGGAGUUUAUUGAUGAUGAUCUGGACUCUCAAACACUAGGUAACGCAAGAGUGACUCCUUCUGGGAGAAGUGGCAACUUGAACAGCUACAGAGUUCCCCUAUUGCUGAUGCCGGUCAGUGUCCAGUCCCAGGCAAUCACUCAGGCGUGGUUUUGAGCAUCAACUCCAGAGAGAUGCACAGUUACCUGGUUAGCUGAUAUUUACAGCUGAACACAAAAUCCGAAAGACUCUUCUCUGUAUCAUUUUAUUUUUCCCUGGUGAUGUCACAAAAAUGAAAAUAUGGCUGUAAAUGCUGGUGAAGAGGAGGUUGCUUAUCAGUCCUGUGGAAAAAAACGUCCAUCAUCAGUUAUCGAGGGAGAAGGAUAAUACGUCUUGUGUUCACUCUAUGGCCUGGGAACUCGUUACUAUUGAAACUCAAACUAUAGCAAAUCUGUAGCCCUAGGCACCUUCAAUGCCACCUUAUUUCUUUUCUGUAUAUGCUCUAGUUCUUUAUGUUUAUUUUUAGAAGGAUUGACUGUAACUUUUUAAUUAUAUUUUUAAUUGAGGUAUUCAUCGGAAGGCUGGGACUCUUCAGCUUGAAAAGGUGAUUUUUACACAAGUGACUAGACCAGAACAGUUGGUUGAUCACGAUGACAUUUUUUUAGGAGGCUAAGUGUUUCUGUACUGGGAGAAGACUGAGUGAGGAGACAAAUGCACUCCUAGUUGGUACAAGCUGUUAACUUAAACAUGUGUGAGACAAUCUAAUGAAUUUAGGCUUAGGACCUUCUGCGGAUUAAAGGAAGUAAAAUGUUUAAUUAAGAUAUCUCAUAAUAUAGGAUAAUGCUCUUGUAAGUAUAUCAAGUUCUGACAAACCAUCAGCACCAGUAUCUCCCCCAGUCCCACCCCACGUGAAAGAAAAACACCAGCCUGAUGCUAUUUCCAGACCAGGUGCCUUCACUUGUGGACAGUCAUUUUUAGUUGCUCUCUUCUUGUCUCCUGAGCAAGCACCUCUAGGACGAUGGCAGCUGCCGGAUGAGUUAUCCCAUACAACCCCAUGCUGGUGGCCUGUCUCUUUUUAAAUAUCCAGAGAGUGUAAAUACCUCUUUUAAUUUGCUUUCUUUGUAAGAUUAUUUUUUAAAAAAAUUAAAUUUUACUAUUAGGGCAGAGGUGCCAGGUAGGUCAGAGCUCUCCUCUGGGCAGGAAUGGGUAGUGCACCGCCAUCCCCUUCCCAUCUACAUCCUUCUUUGGUGUUUUCCCUGACUGUUUGCCCUUGCAGACAGGUGUGGGCAAACUCUGACCUGACCUUUUCCACUCCAGUUGGUUUGACAAUUCAGAGGUCCAUGGGGAGGCUGGGCUGUGAUGUAGGGGUUCAUAUUUCCUUUCCAUCACCACAGAGUGUCAUUCAGUCCCUAGCACUGUGGCCCCUAUUUCUGCAGGGAGGGUGGUGGGGCUUCUGAAGGAGCUGCCAGGCUUGUGAGACAGGUCAGAGUUUCCUAAUCCCGACCUCUGCAUCCCUUGGGAAUGGCAGUGCAGUGAAUCCACACCCCGCUGGUCUUUUUCCUGUGGUUUAUGGAGCCGUGCAGGAAAUGGACUGUGGGGUGAUGAGAUUGAACAUCUGGCACCCUAUGUGUCACAGCUGCCUGGGAUUAGGAUGCUUCUCUUGGAACCCUAUAUAAUCUCUUCACCUUUUGCCUUCAAUAGAGAAUAAAUAGCUCUUUACUCACUGAAUGUCAUACUGAUGCUAGCAGCAAGCUCACACACCAGCUUGUUUACGAAGGAUAUGGAUAGCUAACUACAUCUUUCUGAAUAAACAAACAAACAAAAAAAAAUGAAUGCUGGUAAACCAGAAAAGAACUGUCUUAAAGUUAUCAUAUGCAUUGGAGUCAUAUUUUUGUGUAGCUGUGAAUAUCCUAGAGCAUAUUGUCAUCAAGUGCAAAGGACCGGGAUGUAACAAUUCAGUGUAGUACUGUAGGCUCUCACAAACCCCACAGGAUGUAUGCGUAAAGCACAAGAAAAUCUAGAUUAUAAUCUUACUGUAAGGAACUAGAUGGAAAAGUUGAAGUGAAGAUUCUGAAAAGUGCUUGCAAACUGCUCAGGAAAAUAAUUUCAAAAAUUGUUCUAAAACUUCUGCCUAUUUAGUUGUAGAGUGCCAUGCAAACUGAUUUAUGGAGAAGCAAUGCUCUAGCUGACCGUUUUAUGCCAGACUGUGUAGAAAUCCAAGGUGUUACCCAUACCUGAGUCUGAGUUUCUUGAAGAGAAGGGCAGGUUCAAAAUGUGCUGUGCAUUGGAAACUCUUGGGAUUGUUGCACCAGAGGCUUUCCCUCCUCACCAGCUCGUUAUGCUUUUUCUAGUGGAAAUAAGCUGGAGCAGAGAAUAAAAUAGUAUUGCAAACAGCCUGCUUGUUCCUUUGAAAUAAAUCUGAAGUGGGUUAUUUGUAUAGGGCAGGUGAGUGGCCUCACAGACAAGGGAUGAGAUGGAAGUUCUAGCCUGGGGUUGUUCUCCCAUGGUUUGUCUGACUGGCAAAGGACACUGUUGGAACUAGGUCACACAUCUAAUUUAUGCUUUAACAGCUACUUUUGUACAUUUAAUACAGGGUGAUUUGUGUCUGAUAACGGGAGUCUUUUGGAACACUGUAGCAUAUUUAAUGAAUACUUAGCACAAUAUAGUGCCUGUAAUAAUGUUUUUCAAUGCUUAUUAAUUUGAUUCAUGCAGCACUCCUGUGAGGUUGGUUUGUCAUGUCUUAAAAACACUGUUUUCUAAAGAGAUGUCAGUAACUGUAUUAAUAAUACCCAGCAGAUAAUAAAGGAAGCCUUUGAUUCCCUGGUAAGAACUUUAAAAUGAAUUAUUUUAAAACUCAGAAAAUACCAUUACCAUUUUUCCAUUCAUGGUGUCUUGGUUUAUCUUUAAAUGGAAAGUCUUACUAGUGCUAAGUUUCAAAUCUCUUGAACUAUGUCCAUGAAGUCUUAACAUUUUAUCCUUUAUAUGCAUCUAAUCCUGAUACAAGUGUAUACAGGAACAUGGAGUUGUUUCUAUGCACAAAAGCUAGCCACAGAUGCAUGCACAAAUGCAUGCAAUAUUUGUAUGUAUUCCAGUUAAAUUUGUUAGUGAGAAAGGGUGAUUUGAUAGCUAAGAAACAGAAGAUGGCUGUCAGGUACCUGGAUUUUGUACCCAGACUCUGGGCAUGUUACUUAACCUUUAUGUGCCUCAGUUUCCCCACCUGUAAAAUGGGGCUGAUCAUAAUUACCUCACAGGAGUAUUGUGAGGCUAAAUUAAUUACUGUUUGUUCAGGAUUAGCAGCAUGAAAUAAUUUUUUGAGCAUAAAUUAUUAAUAGUUUUCCUUUCUUUUACUUGUAAUUAUGGCUGUUAUUAAAGGUAGUCUGCUGAAACCAGCUGCAAUUGUGUAUAAAUGUAAAAAAUGCGUAAUCCAAAAAAUAAGGCACAUCACUGUUUAAAAAAAAAAAAAAAGAAAAGGUAAUUUUAUUUAAAAAAUGUUCUUUGAACAUACUGUUGUAUGGUAGCAUUGCAACAUUACCUGUGAUUUUGCUGUUACACACUAGUAUCUUAAACUUAUUUUUCUGCAGCCUUAUAAUAAUGGGUACAGUGAUACUUACCAACACUGAUAUUGAGUUAUACUGUAACCCACAAAACUGGUGGUGCAUUACCCUCAUUUACAUCUUUUGGCCUUCUUAAACUCUGAUGCAUUUGCGAUUUCAAAAACACCCUGUACUUUUCAGAGUGCUCCAAGCAGUACUGAUUUGAAGCAUUCUAACAGAGCCAUCAAGACUUACAGCUGUUAUCUUUGCUUUCCCUUUUGAUAUUGAAUGUUUUAUAUGGCUCUGGAUUAGUCCAUCCGUUAAAAGUGCUCAGAAAUGCUCAGAUAUUCAGGGAAAAUCCACACACAGUGUCAAUUAAUUUCUCAAAAAUAAAAGCAAUAUAAAUCAUUGUAUGUUUUUAUACCCUGUAGAAGAGGGUGGUGGAAAUGGCUGUGAGGAAAUAGAAGGUACCAGCCCAAGGCAAGACAUUAUUAUUAUCUCAAAUUCACAUGCAAUUUCUUUGAACUCUUUUAGAAUAUUCUCAUUGAAUUAUAUCCUUCUUGAUGAGUUUUCUGCUUUCAAGGACCAGUGUAAAGAAGAGUAAAGUGUUUGUUCCUAUAAAGUAGAUGAUUUGUUACACUAUUUUCCUCUGGACAGACAGAGACAAAUCAGCACUUUGCCAUUAGUAGUUCCUAGUGCAAAGCAGACUUCAUCUGACAUGAUUAUGAUGGUUAGCUGUUUUAGGACCAAUGAGACAUUCCUGUGGUGGGAAUACUCGACUGCUGUAUGCUGUCUCUUUAAAAGAGGUCAAUAGAAUGGAACCGCAGUGGUAUCCAUCCUCCUCACACAAAUACAUGCUCAAAGAAAUGUGAGGGGGUUUCAAUAUUUUUAAGAAAUGAAAUACAUGUGUGUGUUUACAGUAUCUUUUUGAUGAUGAACCAGUGGUUCUGAUAAGCUUUGAAUUUCUAGUGUUAUUUCAGGUCGAAUACAAUGUUGCUAAGUUGAUAGAAUCGAAGACAAUUUCAGUUGUAGAUUUUUCCUCUGUUUUCUAUAAAACAAUGUUUUAAAAUUUUUCAUUAAUGAGACCUUGGGGGAAAAGAGACACUAAAAUUUUUAUUUCAUUGCACAAUCCCUGACAGUUGGAGUUGUUAUGGUGUAUUGAUUGAUACCGCUGUAUUGUUUUCAGCUUCAUUUUUAUUUCAGAUGUGCAGAAAAGUGCACAUUUCUCUCAAAGUAUUGGCUUUCCACCAGGAAGAAUUGUAUAAGCAUUUACCUUUAUAAAUACUGAUUUUUGAGGUGCAAAAGUUUGUUGUCUCUUCUAAGUCCAUCCAAACUGCUGCUUUCUGGCUCAUUUUCUCUGUUCUAGUCUCAACUGCACAUUGCUUCUACAACUUACUUUAAGAGAGUGACAUAGCCUAAUCCUACUAGUCUGAGAAAAUCUUUCUAAAAAUUACAUUAGAAUAGCAUUUAAUUGCCUAGAAGUUGUUACAGGAUCUGCUCAGACCAUUUUCAUAAUGUUGAGUCUAUAUUUUCAUGUUCUUUAUUUUCUUUCAGUAUUUCAGAAUUAGCCCUCUCGGUGCCAUUUAAAUGUGUGUUUAUUCCUGUCAUGGAUAUAUAUGUAAUGUUUUUCACUUAUUUUCAGACUAUAAUUGUCAAAGUGAUGAACUCAGAAAUAACUCAGACCCCCAGUUAGCUUUUGCAAUUAAAAGCCUAACCCUGCAGUCUUUGGGAAAUGCCAAGCUGUGCACUCUAAUUUUUUAAUCUUCUUUCCUAAGUCAAACCUUCUACCCGAUUGAUCACCUUGGCAGAUUUUCCUCCAAUUCUUAUUGUAACCUCAAGCUGGAGGGAUUGCAGAACAGUUUCUCACUGUCGACAAGGACUAGAACAGCUCAUUUCCCAAAUCUGAAUGGGAAUGUGUAUGGACAAAGUUUUUAUUUUUCCUUUGUUUUCAGGUAUGUUGCAUAGAGCAGAGAGGAUUAUACAUACCACGAGGGAAAUAAGGACCUGAAUGGUACUUCAGGUUGGUGUGAAGACUUAAGAAUGCAUUCCUUUUAAAGUUUUGCUAUUUGGGCUUUCUCCCCUUAAAAUUGAUGCAUACAACCGGUUAGUUUCAUGAUUUAUAAUAUGUGAGAUCUCAUUUUUUUAAGUCUUCAGUCCUGGUCUUUUUCCUCCUGUUAAAUGGAGUAGCAAAUUACUAAAAAUAUGAAUUGUGGAGCCAUGUAUGACUGAAUGAAGGAUUUUCAUUCUUUUUGUCUCUUCCUUUUAUUCCUUACAUGAAGCUUGUCAGAAUUACUAUUGUCAGCUAGUUUAUGUGCUGGUAGCUGAGAUGAUCUCCUGGAAGACAAUAUCUAAGACAAGAAAUAGUGGAAGGCUUAGAAAUACGUACUCUGAAGUACAACAAGGCAGCUAUGUGAACAAAAUCCUUAUCAAAGAGCUGAUAUGGUUUGUAUUAAAAUACUUUAUUUUAAUAGUGUCCCUAAAAAUACAUGUUCUUAAAUUGCAUAGUCUUUGUCUUGCUCUUCUUCCAGAUUGAUUUUCUUUUAGCGGUGACAUUUACUAGCCCUGAAAAAAGUGUAUUCUUUUCCUUACACAAGUAAUUCUGUUUAAAAUUAUUUCCUUGCAACACUUGAAAGCAUUACAGAAACUUGAGGUUUAUUGAUCUGACUUGAUUUCUGAGUUUCUGUAGAAUGUGUACUGCAACACUGAAUUGUUGCAGUACAGCGGACAUGACGUUGUGUUGGGCAGCAAUAAUGACAUGCAGCAGUACAUGGCGCUACUUAAAUAAUAUGUCUUUGUUGCACAUACUUUUAAUGGUAGAACGAGUGUAUUAAUCACCAGGAAAGCCAGGCAUUCCAAAUAACUUUCUUAGCAUGUCUUGUAUUUCUAUGUUAUUUGUUGCUAAUUUUAGCCAGCUGUUGAUGCUUAUAUUUAGUUCUUACUGACAGUGUCUGUUCUUGCAGAUCAAAGGGCAAGAAUUGGCAUGUUCUCUUUUUUUAAAAAAAGAAUUAAUUCACGCCGUUUGCUUAUUAAUUAAAACAUCUUAAAAAGGAAAUCUUUCAAAAUGGUAAAAGAGAUGCAUGUUAAUGAGAACAGCUCAUAUAGGAAAACAGCAGACUUGUAUCUACAUGGGUUUUGAGACAUGUUAUGGAUCAUGAAUAGGCAGGACUAUGUAGAAGAAGUGUACACCCCAAACAUAAGUAACAUGCAUGUAGGCAGACUGGAAACGAUUAAACUAGUUUAAAGGAGAAUAUUUUAAUAGACCACUUGUAUGUCCCAGAUUCACAGAAGGGCAUUUAGGUGGUUAAGAUUACAGAACAUCAUAACAAACAUAGAAGAUGCCCAAUUCACUGGCUCCAUUUGCUUGUAAAUACACUCCUCUCUUUAGGGUGUUAAUCUUUUGAGAUGCUAAACUCUUCAGAGAAGUGACCUGCAUUAUUUAAGUUUUCCAACUUUUUGCUAAGUAAUUGGUGACACUUUACAGAAAAAAAUGUCUGAAUUUCCAUUAUCUUCUGUUUCUUCUAGUUCCUUUCUCUCUCCAUUUUUGUCAUUUCAUUCUUUUUCAUUAUUGCUGCUGUUUGUUGCUCUGCCUUGCCUGCCUCCUCCUCCUGAUGACAGCUCUCUACAGUCUGCUUUUUUCUUCCAUUGCCUUUUGUUUUGCUUUAUGUUCUGUUUCUGUCUAUGUUUUUGUUUAGAUAUGCACCCUACUGUGUCCUGAGUGAUAAGAAGAAUCAGGAUCUCUUCCCCACCCUUGCCUUUCCUCUGAGCUGUGCUGUACUCUCUGGGCUGAUGUAGUUCCCCUAUGCUUUGUCUCACUGCAAUCCAUCCUUCCUGUUUCCAAUUUUUGGUUCUUUUAAUCCUUUCGCUUUGAAUUUUGGCUCUCAUUUUCUGUAAAUCUUUCUGGGACUCUCUUUUUGCCUUUCCAGGACUCCUCUCAGCUGUUUGUCCCAUAAGGCACAUACUUCUAGUCUGAGAUGUGGAUGAGUGUUGUACUCUCUGGAAGGAUAACUAGCAUUUUCCUCUCUCAUCCGUGAUUAUAUUGACCUUACUGCAGGUCUGUAGUGGAAAACGUAUAUUUAAUUGACAGACAGCUAUACCCAUUAUCUCCCAAAUGCCUCCUCCUCCCUCAUUUUGGGUUACAGGGAUAAGACAUGAUGUUUGCAUGAGUUACCUGGAGCACAGCAAGGACUGACUUGCUUUGCCAGCCCAUCUGUCUAGCAGGUACAGAAUUGCAGCAGGGAUGGGCAAAAACAGCUUGCCAGACCAUUGGGCUGCAUUUGUAUUUCAAGAUGGGAAACAGUGAGGCCAAGCUAGUACACAGCCUUUUAGGUAAAUUGUCUUCACCUGAAGCUGAAGAAUAGGCGAGGUAAAGAAGGGUCCAUUGCUAAGAGAGAAGCAGGAGCAGGGAUCAUUCCUCCUGGGAGUAACUUGACUUGUCAGGUUUGUGGGACAGCUCUGUAUGCAACAUUUUCUAGAGGCUGAGGCAAAUAGCUUGCUUUCAAGUUCCAUAAAAUACAAGUUUAAGCAAAGUCAGCAGAUAGGUUUGGCAGAAUCUUCUUGUUGGCAGAGCUUGGAGAAUUUGAUGAGAAUAAGAUAAUUGAAAAGCUCAGUGUUACCUUUAAAAGGUAGAGACUGUUAGAGAGGGAGUGUGUGAGAGAGAGAUGCAGGAGGGAUGGGAGCAGAAGACUGAACAGGACAAGGAAAAGCAGGGAGAUAGUCAGUGUUGCCAGUGUGUAUUAUUUUGCCACAAGUUGUUGAUUCUUGUUUUGCUUGAGCAUUAGAACUUAAAUUUGUAAUGGCAACCAUUUUCAGUUUUGUUGGCUGCAUAGAGACUUUAAACCAUGAGUCUAAAUUCAUGCAGCACCAGGAACAUGCAAAAUUAUCAGCAUUUCUACCUGUCAUUUCAGAGGGAUUUGACUCACAGCAACAUCCCACUUGAGGUGCAUGGAAAAGAGGUUGCUUCCCAGGAGCCAGGAUACAUGUAUGCGCACUCUAGAGGUAGCUGCAGUGUAGGUUUACUUCCGAGAUGAUUGUAGGGCAUUUGCUAAUGGUGUUCCUUGUUAGCACAGCACUGAGCUGGGAGGCAAGGGAGAAGAAUUGUCUUACAGGGUCUGUGAUUUGGAUUUAUACUGCUUAAAUGUAAUUUGCUAGAAUCCCUUUAUGAGCAGUAAUUUUACAGUGUUUAGAGAGGAUGAAUGGAGUUGGCAUAGUAUUCCUGCAGGUAAACACCAGCCACAGGAGCUUGCUGGACAUGUGACUAGACAUUUUAAUUUCCAAAUGGAGAGUUCCUCCAUUUCAUGUACACACUAGGCGUUUCAGUACAGCUCCUUUUUUUAUUUGUCACUGACAAGCUAUGAUUUAUUUCCUCAUGGGUGUAAGACAUGGGCUGUGCUUGCUGCAAUGCAGAAGGCUCUGGAGGGAAAACAUAAUCAGAUGGAGAAGUAUACCUGAAUUCUCCCUUCUUGAUCCCAGUCUCUUCUGAGUUGCUUUUCUCUGAUUGUGGUUCUGUCAGGAAGAUGGGUUGAUGUUAAAAGGGGAUUAACUCAUUUCUAUCCUCUUUUGUGUGGCUGAGAAAAAAACAAGAAAAAAUUAGCAGAGGAAUAGCAGAUUGGAAGAGGUGGAGAACUUGAUCAGCUGGCAGGGCGCUUUGAGAAGCAUCCACUUUUGUGCUUUACUUACCACUUAUUUUUACAAAUAUGUACAGCUACUGUGAUUUAUCUUUCUACUAACCAUUGAUAUGUUUCUUUGGAAAAGGGGAGGUGGUUCUAAAGACUAUCACCCUAGUGCAUUGCAAAUGUGGUUUUAGAGACAUCAGCUAUCACCCUUCCUCACCUAAAUGAAAUUAUCAUAGUAUCAUUGCUCUGUAUUUAUGAAGCUGCAUUAGGAAUAUCAGUUCACCCUGGAUUAAGUGUUGGAGGAAGAUUUGGAGAGAAAAUGUGAGUUGGAAUGGGAGAAUUUUCCAUUUUAAGAGUAAAGGAUGACUACUGGCAUGUUUACAGUGUAUCUGUGGCUGUUUCAGCACAAGUGGGUCCAAAAUCUCUCGUUUCAGACUCAGAUAAAUCAUAUUGAUUUAGCUGGCAUUACCCAUGUGAACAAAAGGAGAAAACGUUGGUAAUUAAACCAAGCCCUAAUCAUAUUUUUUGGCUAAUUAGAUCUACAGCUCUUGGUAAAGAUAGGAAAGCCAAUAAAAUAAAAACUAGACUUAACAUACUUCUUGUGAAGAUUCACAAAGAAUUUCUCAGUAGCCUGUUGUUCAUGUGGAGCAUUAUUUAUUUGGCAUCACAGGGACGAAUUCUAGCCUAAUUUAUGACCAUGCAGUUCCAGGGAGUUUGUCAGUUCAGCUCUGUGUUACGGAAGAAAGGUGCUCAUCCACAGUGCAUUUGAAAUGCAGCUGCAGGCUAAAAUCAGUUGUCAUCUCGCUGCAUCUGUACUCACACAGGUGACCAGCUGAUUUUCACCUGUAGUUCUUAUUCCCAUGGUUAGCAGGAGAGUACUUCGGACAGAUGUAAGCUAAUUACAGCCAAGGCAGAACUUAGUUUUUAGGCUACUUGCAACUGCUUUUCCAGAACGAGCAAAUGCUUAACACUGAGACUCUAACUGGAUUUCUGACAAAGGGGCCCUUCCAAUCAAUGUAAAGGCUCUCAGCGGUCAUCGGUAUGCUAUAGUCCAUACCUUUAACAUACAUGACUACGCAGUCCUCUCCUUCUGCCUUUGCACACUCUAGUAUUUGUGAAAACAGUACAUGCCUUUUCCUAAUUUUCUUUCAGGAGACCUUGGCUUUGAGCAGGUUUCUUUGUAUACAGUAUCAGGGCUCAAGGGAAGAAUGAAAUUAAUCUGUGACUGGUGCAUUGUCGUACAUGGGGAGAAAUGUUAUUUGUAUAUUUUUGUAAAUAUGUAACAUUUAAUGGCAGUUUUGUAGUGACGUGCUGGUUUUGAGGAAAAAAAACCCCAAACAAAUAUAUGUUUGAAUAUGCUUAAUGUAACACUUAACUGUGAUUCAAUUGCACAAUUAAUAGCUUAAUCAAAAGUCUUGUGCAAUAUGUAGUGCACACACAUAACCAAGUAUCUGUUAGUGAUCCACAACCAAGUUUUUGGCAACUUUUAAUGAUGGUGAUGAACUGUGCAGUACAGAUUAUCACAAUCUCUUUCAGCUUCCAAACAUGUAGCAGGCAAACUACUGUAUACGUACCUGUGUACUCCACUGCAUCCAAAGGUAUGCAUUUGUCCUGAGAACCUGCACUACAGGUUUUUCUUUAAUAAAAUUUGGUUCUAAA